GAAAACGGGAGGGUGGGAGAGAGGGAAGGCGGUAGUGCACCUUGCUCGAAAGCCGAGCAUAGCAGACGAACAUUUCCCCGAUGGAUGGAGGCUGCAUCCUGCAGCGAAGAUGGCAGAUAAGACGCGUCCCCGGCUUUUCUCUUUAAUGCAGCCGCAUCUUUAGAAAGCGAAAGCGCCGAGGAGUCUGCGGAAGAGCCCGGGGGUCUCACUGGUGCUGAAGUCGGGAAGGCGAGGCGAGGCGCUGGCGAGAGGGUGGCCCGCUUUCAGAGCCGCGGUCACGCAGAACGCAGGACCCUCAAGGGGAAUCCUCUCCUUCAAGGAGGGAGGAGGAACUCUCAUAUUAACAUCCCAGGAACAAGCCACGGCUGAGCUGGGCGACAGGGGGGGCCGGGCCGGGUUCAGAAUGGCGUCGAAUGGCACGGAGAGGCGCCGGCAAGCCACACCCAUCACCACGCCGGAGGGAAAUGUAGUGAUGAGCUUCAGCUUCGAGAGCUACCAGCUGGAGGACGAGGACUUCCAAGCCAAAGACGUUCCCGACAGAGGGAUCCUUACCUUUGCAGAGCCGGUCUUCGAGGAGCCUACACCAGAUGACCGGUACCAUGGGAUAUACUUUGCUAUGCUGCUAGCCGGAGUUGGAUUCCUGCUGCCUUACAACAGCUUCAUCACUGACGUGGACUACCUGCAUCACAAAUUCCAAGGAACGUCUAUUGUGUUUGACAUGAGUCUGACAUACAUCCUGGUGGCCUUGUUGGCAGUGGUCCUGAACAAUGCCUUGGUGGAGACUUUGGGUCUACACACCCGGAUCACUGUGGGCUACCUGUUUGCUCUUGGGCCGCUGCUGUUUGUGGGUGUCUGUGACGUCUGGCUGGAGCAGUUCACCAACAAGCAGUCCUAUGUCAUCAACCUGGUGGCGGUGGGGGUGGUGGCCUUUGGAUGCACAGUUCAGCAGUCAAGUUUUUACGGCUACAUGGGGAUGCUUCCAAAGAGGUACACUCAAGGAGUGAUGACCGGAGAGAGUACUGCGGGCGUCAUCAUAUCCCUGAGUCGCAUCUUCACCAAGCUCCUGAUCAAAAACGAGAAGAAGAGCACCAUCAUCUUCUUCCUCAUCUCAAUCUGCAUGGAGCUCACCUGCUUCAUGCUGCACUUGCUGGUGCGUCGGACCCGCUUCGUGCAGCACUACACCAGCCUUGCCCGCCAGGGUCUCACCGAGGUCAAAGGUCAUACAGACCGGGCCACCGGAUACCAGGUCCACCAUGACGUCAACGCAGAGGAAGUAAGAUUCGAUGAUGGGGCCGUGGGUAUUCCUUCUGCCGACGGCGAACUGGCUGGCAGCGGGACCUACGUGAGGUUUGACGUUCCCAAACAAAAAAUAAAGACAAGCUGGCCUACAGUGAAAGACAUGAUCCUGCACCGCUACGUGGUGUCCCGUGUGAUCUGGGCCUACAUGCUCUCCAUUGCGGUGACCUACUUCAUCACCCUCUGCCUGUUCCCGGGCCUGGAAUCGGAGAUCCGCAACGCAACGCUGGGGGAGUGGCUGCCCAUUCUCAUCAUGGCUGUCUUCAACAUGUCAGACUUCGUGGGCAAAAUCUUGGCUGCCGUGCCGUACGACUGGAAGGGCGGCCGCCUGCUGCUGUUUUCCUGUUUCCGCGUGGUCUUCAUCCCCCUCUUCAUCAUGUGCGUCUACCCGGUACAGAGGCCUACGCUCAGCCACCCUGCCUGGCCCUGCCUCUUCUCCCUGCUCAUGGGCAUCAGCAACGGCUACUUCGGCAGCGUGCCCAUGAUCCUGGCCGCCCGGAAGGUGCCGCCCGAGCAGAGGGAGCUAGCAGGGAACACGAUGACCGUGUCCUACAUGACCGGCCUGAUGUUGGGCUCUGCAGUUGCCUACUUUGCCUACAGUUUCACAGCUCAGGGCUCCGCCCCCCACUCAGAAGCACUGCGGAACUUCACCUCAGGUUACUGAGUCAGUCUUCGGACCCCCCCACUGCCCUUUCCAGCCGUGGUAUACACGCCGCACUGAGCCCCCCUAGCGCUCACUUGGACUUGAUUGUGUAACCGUGCAUAUUUAAACACGUAAACUCAUUGGCGUCGGAGCGCAUCCGUACAUACGCACACGCGCAUCUGCUCUCCUGUAGUACCGCUGCGUCGGACCGCUCUCCAGCCCACGGCGCUCUCUGACAUCUGCACAUUCCGGUCCUUCCUUUGCCCUACUUCGCCGUUUCUGUUUCAUCUGGACACGGGUUUUACAAACCGCUCCCUCCGGGUUCUCCCGGAUUAGACUCCAAAAAAAAAAAAAAAAAACAGAUACAUAAAUAUAUAAAUAACGCUGGUAUGUGCAAGCUGGUUCUGAAGCUGACAAGAAAGUCGGACCCCUUUCCUCCUCUGGUCUCAAAGUCAUCCUGUGUAAAUAAUAAAACCAUCUUUUUGUA